CGGGUCCACUGUAGCCCCAGGGGAGGGGGUGCGGAGCCGGCCCGGUCCACGAGCCUGAGGGCGGCGGGGAGAGAGCAGCAGCAGCUGUCUCUCCGUAGUCGCCGCGCGGAGCUCCUUCCCCGAGUGCGCCAGGGUCGGUUAGAUUCUGGUAUGGCCCGGAGCCUGGUGGCGCUGCCGCUGCCACCUCUAACGCUCCUGCUGCUGGCGACCUCUGCCCAGAUCUCCCCCGACUACCAUUACUUCGGCGAACAGGGCGAAGGCGACACCUGGGAGCGGCAGCGGCUGCAGAAUUACCAGAAAGACUUGGAGGACUCGAUCCUUGCCCCGUGGGGAAAGUGGCGCUGCAUUUGCGAGGCAGGCAAGCAGCUGCGCAGUCGCCAGCUGCUGGGUUCAUCGCCAGACCCCAUGUUCAUGGACCGCCAGAAUCUGGUGCAGGUGCGGCCCUGCACACAACAGGAUUGUUCAUCCUGCAAGCCAAUCAACUGCGACUGGACGCCCUGAGCCCGG